AUGCAGAUGCAGGGCCGCCUCCGGCGCGUCCUCCGGGCGCCGCCGCCCAGAAUCCUACUCUACCGCGCGAUCUCCUCCCCGCCGCCCGGAGGCGACGGCGUUGGCGUUGGCGGUUGCGGCAGCGGGGUGGCGGUGAAGCAGGUGACGCGGGGGAACAUGGCGGAGGCCCUGGAGAAGCUGCGGGGACGCGUGCGGGAGGCCGCAUUCGUGGGGGUGGACCUGGAGAUGAGCGGCGUCACGAGCGCGCCCUGGAGAGACACCUUCGAGCUCGACCGCGCCGACGUGCGCUACCUCAAACUCCGCGACUCCGCGGAGCGGUUCGCCGCCCUGCAGCUCGGCGUCUGCCCCUUCCGAUGGGACCCUGCCAAAUCCGCCUUCGUUGCCCAACCGUGCGUGCCUCUUUCUCUCUCCCCAAUCUUCUUCAUGUUCUAG